UAUUCAUUCAACUUUUCUGAUCCUUAUCCUAAAUUCCUUCGUUCAAAACUCCUUCCCUAAAGUGCUGUUUCCCAAACUUUGUUUUUGGCGGAUUCACUUUGUGCCGUGCCAUAAGAAAAGAAAAAAAAAAAAAAAAAAUCUUUAUCCAUUUGUAUGCGUAUUAGGCGCCUUUUUUUGUUUAAUCUAUCAUUUAAUUAAGUAUACUUACUUAUUAUCCAUUCUUUUGUGCGAGUAGUGCAUUACAAAUUAUUUUUUAAACCAUUCUAUUCAAACAAUAUUGAAAUCAUGGAUUCAGAAGACGAAAUUGAAGAUAAUCCUCAAUGGAAAGGUGUACCCGGUACAAUAAUUCUUAUCAAUGCCCUCAAUGGUUCGGACAUAACUUCUUUGGCUCAUAUUGCCACAUGUGGAGUAGUAAAACAAUAUCUACGUUCAUCCAAACAUAAUCUUAUUGGCGUUUGUUACUAUGGCGUUAAGAAUUCUAAUGCAACUAAUCUUGAUGCACAAGAUGUAAAAGAGAUAUUUCCUCUUUCUGUCCCUACUGUGAAUGAUUUUAAGAAUCUUCAGAUAGCGGAUCCAUCUAAAUUGGAAAAAUGUACUGAAUUGAAAAUGUCUGAUGCCUUGUGGCUGUGUAAUAAAAUGUUCAUCAACUGUAAAAAACAACUCUUGUCAAGAACAAUUAUUAUUCUAACUAAACUCGACAUUGCACCUAUGAAAUCUGACCAAAAACCUUGUUGUAGUAGAGCUGCUGAUUUAGCCAGUUCUAAUGUUCAAAUAGAAAUAAUAAAUAUUUCUCAAGAACAGUAUAAGGUAAAUCCAUUUUAUGAAGAUUUUUUUAUUGAAGCUAAUAAUGGAAAGGAUGUUAAACUGCCUCCACCAGUAAGUGACUGUAAAGGGAUUGAAAACUUAAUACAACAACAGUCACAUCGUCACUUGGCUGUUUCACAACUGACACUCCACAUAGGAGAAGGAUUUGAUAUUGGGGUGGGUGUAUAUAGGUUGCUGACACAGAGUACUUAUACAAAAUCAGUCAAUUUAGUUAGAGAUAAUAAUACUGUUGUUACUACUGUAAACAAAACCAUGAAGGUGGCAGUAGAACAAACACCAGGAAGCCCACAUCAAAUGGAUAUAGAUGAAGAAGAAACCAAAACCUUAUUGAAAUCUGAAAUUAUUCAUUACCAAGACUAUGGUGGAGAAAAAAUAAACUUUACAGAUGAAGAAAAGAAAAAUAUGACUAAUCCAUUUGGUCCACCAAUGAUAAAACUUCUAGGAUUCAAACCUGAAAGCUUAUUAUGUAAAGAAAAAUGGUUUAUAAAACCUGGUUAUUUUUUAUAUCCAAAUGAAGAUAUUAUAGAAGGGUCUACAGUAGUUUUUAAAGCAUUAUAUAAAGCUUGUGCAGAAAUGUCUAUGGUUGCAUUAUGUAUGUUGUGCACAAGAGUUAAUUCUAGACCCUAUAUUGUGGCAUUGUCUCCAUGUUCUAAUCCUCUUGGUCUUAAUGUGGAAAUAGGAUUUAAUGUUAUCCAUAUCCCAUUUGUUGAAAAUAUUCGGAAUCUUCCUAUUCCAGAAAACUCCAAUGAUGAAAUAUUACCUGAACAUAAAUCUGCUAUGCAAGAUAUAUUGCAUAAUCUUAAAUUUGAUUAUAAAGCAGAUAUGUUUGAAAAUCCCAAACUGCAAUCACAGUACAGAAAUAUUGAAGCAGCAGUUUUAUCAGAAGAAAAUGUUGAGCCAUUUAAAGACACGACAAAACCUAGCCAAGAAAAAUUUCAAACACUUCAUGCCGAUUUGUUUGAAGAACUGUUUGGUCCAUUUGGUGCAGUUGCUCUAAAAAGAUCUGCACCAACUGAAGUUAAUGACAUUGAUGAGGACUUGUUGCAAAAAAGGAUUAAAACAAGAAAUGUUAAUGCAUAUACAGUGCCACAACUAAAAAACAUAUUGAAGUAUAAAAAUAUUCCUAAUUUAAAUAAUAUAAAAAAUGUCAAGAAAAAUGAGCUAGUUGAAGAGGUAUAUAAACAUUGUACUGUAUAAUGAAAAAUGGUAAUUUGGAAAUUAUAUUGUUUUUAAUUAAGUAUAAUAAAUGUAAUAUUGAAUAAUUUGUUUCACAUAGUGAUAAAGUACACAGAGUUAUUUUUGGAGACUUAUUUAUAAACCCAUCUAAUUUGGAGUUGUGAAGACAAUAAAAUACUUUUUUCUAA